CGGCCGGGGCGGAGGCGAACCCUGAUGGAGGGGCUGAGCUGAUGAAGGCAGGAGUGUGCCCGUCCCGCCUCUCGCCCUCUGGCGGCUCCAAGCCGCAGGCCGGCGAACCUUGACCACCCCAUGCUCCCGAGAGUCUCCGAGGGGCGACUUCUCGGGCGCCGGCUUCCGGAUGGGGGAUGAGGGGCCCGGAGGCGCGGUGCAUCUGCUGUGCCUCGCAGCGUCUAGCGGGGUUCCCCUGUUCUGUCGGAGCAGCGGCGGCGGGGGCGGCGCCCCCUCCCGCCCACAGCUCCCUUUCUCUGUCAUCGGCUCUCUCAAUGGGGUCCACAUGUUCGGCCAGAAUCUGGACGUGCAACUGAACUCUACAAGAACGGAAGACACGACCGUGGUGUGGAAGAACUUCCAUGACAGCAUCACCCUCAUUGUUCUGUCAUCUGAGGAGGGCACCUCUGCGCUGAGGCUGGAAAGAAUGCUCCACAUGGUGUUUGGGGCCAUGGUUCUCAUUGUGGGACUUGAGGAGCUGACCAAUAUCAGGAAUGUGGAGAGACUGAAGAAAGAAUUGAGGGCCAGCUACUGUCUCAUUGACAGCUUCCUGGGGAAUUCAGAGCUCAUUGGGGACCUGACCCAGUGUGUGGACUGUGUCGUUCCUCCUGAGGGGUCUGCCAUGCAGGAAACCCUCUCAGGGUUCGCGGAGGCCACUGGCACGGCCUUUGCCAGCCUCCUGGUAUCAGGCCGAGUGGUGGCGGCAACCGAGGGCUGGUGGCGCCUUGGCAUGCCUGAAGCUGUGCUACUCCCCUGGCUGGUGGGGUCCUUGCCACCACAAGCUGCUCGCGACUACCCGGUGUAUCUGCCCCACGGGAGCCCCACGGUCCCGCACAGGUUGUUGACCUUGACGCUGCUGCGGGGCCUGGAGCUGUGUCUGCUGUGCGGGCCGCGCCCGCCCCUCGGCCAGCUGGACCCACAGUUGCUGGAACGCUGGUGGCAGCCUCUGCUGGAGCCCCUCCGGGCCUGCCUGCCCCUGGGCCCCAGGGCGCUACCCGAUGGGUUCCCACUGCACGGUGACAUUCUCGGUCUGCUGUUAAUCCACUUGGAGCUGAGACGCUGCUUCUUUACCGUGGAGCCCGCGAAGGAUAAAGAGCCUUCCGCCGAGCAGCGCAGGCGCCUCCUUAGAAACUUCUAUACGCUGGUGGCCAGCACCCACUUCCCGCCAGCCAGGGUUUUUACCGUGAGCACUGGUUCUGGGCUGGGCACUGUGUCCCACACCUGAAACUUCAUCCCUACUGUGGCCGAGGCUGACUGGCCAUGAGUUUGAGGCCAGCUUGGGGUACCCAGUACCCCAGAAGAACCAAGACUCCUCCUAGGCAAAGGACUCAGGCAGCCAGUCCUGUUGCCUCCACAGUGCAGGGCAGAGCCUUGCUCAGGCUGAGGCUGUGGAGCCUGCGGACUCCACACUGGGAAGUUGUCUCAGGUCCCUAAGGCCCCAAGAGACACAGGCAGGGACCUAAUGGUGCCCAGCCAGAUACAGACCUCACAAGCGUGCAAUUCUAGAGGCCUACCCUUGAGGACAGGGUUGAUCCUCAGGAGGGUGACACCAGUGCUGGUGCAGGCACUGGGUGUCAACUACAUGUUAUGUCCAUGAGUACACACAGAGGUCAUAGGAAGACAGCAAGGCUACCUGGGAAGAGGCUGGUCUGGGAGCUACUGUGAAACUGGGUUGGGCUGAGGGGUACCGGGCCCUGACGAGGCUGCUGG